AUGGUCGACAGGGUCGUCGUUACAGUCAACCCAAUCUUCCAUGCUCACUCGCUCGAUCAAUGGCCUUUAACUCAAGUCCGUAAUCCCGUCACAAUCGUCGCGCUACCCCCACUGCUCACUCCCGCCUCGCGCGGCGCUCGGCUUCCGCCGCUACAGCUGCAAAUGCCGCUGCCGCGCACUCCCGCCUCGCGCCGAGGCGGCGCGCACCGCCUGCUGCUCCCACGGCUGGUGAUGGCGAUGCUGCUGUUGGCGCCUGCUCCCACUGCCAGCGACGCCGCGCAAGUGAUGCAGACCUAUAUCCCGCCGCAGCAGGCCAGUCCCGCCGUGGCCGCAGCUGAACGGGAGGCCCUCCAGGCGUUUGCGAGGGCGAUGGGCAACCAUCCCGUGUUCUUCAAGUACGGGGGGGCAUGGGUGAACGCCACGCUGCCAUGUCUGCAUGGCUGGAAAUGGAUCACAUGUGAUUUCUCUGGCCGAGUCAAUGGCAUUGACGUGAACAACCCUGCAAUGACGGCACUGAAUCCAGCAUACGGAAGUGGCGGGAGCUCGCACGGGGGACUCAAGGGGCAGAUUCCGUGGGGGCAGAUGACGGCGCUGCAGCACCUGGUGUACAUCAACGUGCAGGGGAACGAGCUCUCUGGCCCCGUGCUGCCUCCCGCCGUUUCCCACUUCUCCAAUCUUGAAGAAAUAAUGUUCCAGGGCAACCUUUUUACGGGCCCUAUGGAUGAUGCUGUCUCCUCCUUGAAGUCACUCCAGAAGCUUGAUGUGAGCAGCAAUCGUAUCACAGGGUCACUGCCACGUGGCAUCUCCUCGCUCACCCGGCUGACGUGGCUUGCAGUAUCGCAGAACCAGCUGUCAGGGGCACUGCCGCCCGGCCUUGGCAACCUCACCCAGAUCCAGAAACUGGACAUUGGAGAUAACGGCUUUCGAGGACCCAUUCCUGAGAGCUGGGGCAAUCUGCAUCAGCUCGAGCUGCUCAACUUGCAGAAGAUGAGUUUGAACGACUCGCUCCCAGACGCGUGGGCCAGCAUGGCUUCCCUCAAGCACCUCGUUGCGCACAGCGCCGGCAUCCGCAGCCGCUUCCCCGCCUUCCUGCUCAAGCUCAGAAACAUCUCCGACAUCCUCAUGUCCAGCAACGAAAUGUGGGGGCCUCUGCCUCCCACUGCUGAUCUCUUCGCCCAAAAGUCGCUCACCAGCCUGGACCUGAGCUCCAACUACCUCACAGGGAGUGUGCCGCAGCUGCCUGCUGGCCGCAGCAUCGAAUUCAAGUUCUUCACCAACUGCUUUAACGCGUCAGUAGGCGCCGUGCUGAUGGACGAGAACCCGCGGUCCACCACAGAUUGCACGCAGUUCUACUUCACCCUUGACCAAGGGAGACCGCCAACACCUGCCCUCCCCUCCUCUUCUCCUGCCGCUCUCCCCACAUCCAACACCAGUGUUGCCAACAGCCCCUCUCCCCCCACAUCCCCCUCACCUUCCCCCUCACCGACCCCCUCCACCAUGCCCACUGCGUCCCCCCCUACCUCCCUUAGUAGGCCCAGCAGCAGCCUUUGCCCCCUUUCCUUCCCCACUAUAGCGUCCUGCCUGCUGGUGCUGCUGGCUGCUGCCAUGGUGUGA